UUCUACGGAUAUGGCCGCGUAUCGGCAAUACAACACUGCAAUGUUUUGUAUAAUCAUUUUUUAAAAUGUAUAAAGUGUUUUUUUAUUAUAGUGACUAGUACUGACUAGCAGAUUGUGUAUAGUGCUGUGAUAUUUGUAAUGGAUAUAGACGAGAGCGAAAUAAGAGAUGCAAUCGAGAUGGUAGAGACUCUCCAGUCCAUGAUCGACGUUGCAGCUGAAAGACUCGAGGGUCUGAGGACGCAAUGCUCUACGAGCGCGGGGCUGACGCAGCAGGAGAUCCGGACGUUGGAGGGUAAGCUGCUGAAGCAUUUUGCGAAACAGCUGAAGAUCAAGGAGCGCUUCGAAGAAAUCCUUCCACAGUUGAAUGACAUACCAUGCCUGCGGCAGUGGCUGAGAGUAGUUGGGCUCAGCGAACAAGCCAUACAGCAAAUAUGCCUCCGAGUGUCAACACUGGAUUCUCUCCGAGACCGUUCGGAUUCCGAGCUACGCGGCUGGUUGGUGUCCGUGCGAGAGGAGGAAUGGAAACGACUGUGUCGAGCUAUGAACCGAUUGCGGGCUUAUACUGACGCGUUAAAUCGCGGCGAGGCGGAAGCGGAAAUCCAACUGUACUGGGAUUCCUGGGACCGGAACCGACAAGAAUGGGAGCGGACGAGACUAGAGUGGGAGCGGAGCCAGCAGUGGCGGGGGUCGCCGCGAGCCCGCAUGAGGCAGCGCGGCUCCGUGCCCAGCGACCCGGACAACACGCCGCGCAAAGCGACCCGGACAACACGCCGCGCAAAGGUGAGUGACCACAGGGGGCGACUGGAGUGGGAGCGGAGCCAGCAGUGGCGGGGGUCGCCGCGAGCCCGCAUGAGGCAGCGCGGCUCCGUGCCCAGCGACCCGGACAACACGCCGCGCAAAGCGACCCGGACAACACGCCGCGCAAAGGUGAGUGACCACAGGGGGCGACUGGAGUGGGAGCGGAGCCAGCAGUGGCGGGGGUCGCCGCGAGCCCGCAUGAGGCAGCGCGGCUCCGUGCCCAGCGACCCGGACAACACGCCGCGCAAAGCGACCCGGACAACACGCCGCGCAAAGGUGAGUGACCACAGGGGGCGACUGGAGUGGGAGCGGAGCCAGCAGUGGCGGGGGUCGCCGCGAGCCCGCAUGAGGCAGCGCGGCUCCGUGCCCAGCGACCCGGACAACACGCCGCGCAAAGCGACCCGGACAACACGCCGCGCAAAGGUGAGUGACCACAGGGGGCGACUGGAGUGGGAGCGGAGCCAGCAGUGGCGGGGGUCGCCGCGAGCCCGCAUGAGGCAGCGCGGCUCCGUGCCCAGCGACCCGGACAACACGCCGCGCAAAGGCAGCGCGGCUCCGUGCCCAGCGACCCGGACAACACGCCGCGCAAAGGUGAGUGACCACAGGGGGCGACUGGAGUGGGAGCGGAGCCAGCAGUGGCGGGGGUCGCCGCGAGCCCGCAUGAGGCAGCGCGGCUCCGUGCCCAGCGACCCGGACAACACGCCGCGCAAAGUCGGCAAAUCACCUAGGACACCUUUAAACAAACGGAAAGAGAACUCCCAUCUCCCGGCACCGACGAACCUCACCAAGUCGCGAUCGCACGAGAGUCAGCUAGCCGGACGACCGGACGAAGCCGGACCCGACGCCAGCGACAGCUCCCUUGCGGAGGCCGCCCCCUCCCACUCGGAAGGAGUGUGCUCGCCGCCGGCCUCCCCCCCCUCCCCGCCCGCCCCCGCGCCGCCCGCGCCCGACCCGCCGCCGCACCACGCCGACUACCGGGCCCUAGACCACGCGCACGGGCCUGCCCGCGACGGCAGCCUCACCGGUUCACUCCCGUACAGCGUGGUCGGCGCCACGCCCCGCUCGCCGCGCACGCCCGUGGGCCGCUGCAUGGCGCACGACAUCGCGCACCGCUUCGCCAAGACCUUCAACAUGAUCGCGACCUGCGACUAUUGUGACAAGCAGAUGCUGUUCGGCUCGGGGCUCAAGUGUAAAGAGUGCAAGUUUAAAUGCCACAGAGAUUGCGAGUCUAAAGUACCUCCGUCGUGCGGUCUACCCGUCGAGCUAGUCCACGCCUUUAGAGACAAAGUUAGCUUCAAAGAGACUCCGUUCGGGCCUAGUCCCCUCCUGCACCUCCUGGCGGCGGGGUCGGCCGGGUCGCCGGGCGCGUCGCGCGGCUCGCUGCUCGGCACCAUGCAGCGCACGCACCGCCACAAGGAGAGGAGGCAGAAACACCCGGGCGACGACUUAUCGAAUUCGUCGUCGUGCAACAGUUCUACGCCAUCAUCUCCGGCGCUAGUGGCGCCCUCUACCCCCCACCACCCCCCGCACGUGCUGCAGCCCGCGCAGCCGCACAAGCCGCAGUUCCACUUCCCAGAAGUGAAGCCUCCCGUGUCGAGUCCGAACCACGUGACGCCCGCGCCGGCGCCUGCUCGAAUAGUCGACUUCAGUUCCGAGGUGGAGGAGAUCGAACCCGAAGAAAUGGCGGAAACGAACGACGUAAUGCAAGACUCGCUCGACGCCAACAACCAGAACCAGCCCGGGCCGUGGCCGAGACAAAAUAGCCUAUCCCUAAAAGAAUGGGACAUCCCCUACGACGAGCUGAUACUCCUGGAUGUGAUCGGGAAAGGCCGCUUCGGCACCGUGUACCGCGGCUGCUGGCACGGCGCCGUCGCGGUCAAACUGCUGCACGUGCAGACCCUGUCCGACCACGCCAUACCUCUAGACACCUUCAAACACGAGGUGGCAACAUUCCGUAAAACCCGUCACGAGAACCUAGUGCUGUUCAUGGGCGCGUGCAUGAAGCCGCCGCGACUCGCGAUCGUGACGUCACUGUGCGGCGGCAUGACGCUACACAUGCACAUCCACCUGCGGAAGGAUAAAUUCAACCCUAACAAGAGUCUUAGUAUAGCGCAGCAGGUCACGCAGGGUAUGGGGUAUUUGCACGCGCGCGGUAUCCUGCACAAGGAUCUUCGGACAAAGAACAUCUUCGUGGAGAACGGACGCGCCAUCAUCACCGACUUUGGACUUUUCAGCGUCACCAAGCUGUGCUUCGGGAACAAUGCUCGCGGCGACAGCUUGGGUAUUCCACCAGGCUGGCUGUGUUACUUGGCACCUGAACUGAUGCGCGCUCUGCGGCCUCACACGUCGCUGCACCUGCCUUUCAGUAAGCAGACCGACGUGUACGCGUUUGGGACCGUAUGGUACGAGCUACUCUGCCUCGACUUCCCUUUCAAAGGGCAGCCUGCUGAAGCGAUCAUCUGGCAGGUCGGCAAGGGCGUCAAGCAGGCGCUCGGGAACAUGUCCUCCACCAAGGACGUCAAGGACAUGUUGAUGAGCUGCUGGGCGUACCAGCCCUCCUCGCGGCCCGACUUCGCGUCCCUGCUCGCAUCGUUCGAGAAACUCCCGCGCAAGCGUCUCGCUCGCUCUCCCUCGCACCCCGUCAACAUGUCCCGCUCGGCCGAGGCCAUCUUCUGAGACUGACGCGCUCGCACGAGGG